UCGCCACCCUCUCGACUCAGUCGACGACGGUUGUGCUGAGAAUCGAGAGACACUACUGUCGCGCUCACGGGAACAUGGUGGUGAACUUCAAGGUGUUCAAGAAAUGCUCGCCAAACGGCAAAAUCUCCAUCUACCUGGGCAAACGAGACUACAUCGACUACCUGUCGGGUAUCGAGCCGGUAGACGGUGUGAUCCUUUUGGACCAGGACUACGUGAACACCGGUAGAAAGAUAUGGGGACAGCUGGUGUGCAGCUUUCGUUAUGGCCGAGAGGAGGACGAGGUGAUGGGCUUGAACUUCCAGAAGGAUCUCUAUCUGGUAUCGGAGCAGCUGUUCCCAACCACCAAGAAGACGGAGGAUAACCUGACCAGGCUGCAGGAACGGCUGCUCCGAAAACUAGGGCCGAACGCGAUUCCGUUCACCUUCAAGUUCCCCCAGACGGCGCCGUCCAGCGUGACUCUGCAGCCGAGCGAAGACGAGGCAGGGGAGCCUUGCGGAGUGAGUUACUACAUCAAGAUCUACUCCGGGGACACGGAGACCGACGUUACUCACAAGAGGAGCACGGUGACCAUCGGCAUCAGGAAGAUUCAGUACGCGCCCACGAAGCAAGGUCGACAGCCAUGCACCGUGGUAAAGAAAGAUUUCUUGCUGAGCCCCGGCGAGCUGGAACUGGAGGUGACCCUGGACAAACAGCUGUACCAUCACGGCGAGAGAAUAGCCGUGAACGUAUGCGUGAGGAACAAUAGCAACAAGGUCGUGAAGAAGAUCAAGGCGCUGGUGCAGCAGGGUAUCGACGUGGUGAUUUUCCAGAAUGGCCAAUUUAGAACGGUGAUCGACGCGGUGGAGACGCAAGACGGCUGCCCUAUUAAUCCUGGCUCCAAUCUGACGAAAGUUUUAUAUCUGAAGCCGGACUUGGAGAACAACAAGCAUCGCAGGGGCAUCGCUUUGGACGGCAGGCUGAAGAGGGAAGAGAGCGAGCUUGCAUCGAGCACCUUGCUUCUUUCGCCCGACGUCCGCGACUCAUUCGGCAUCGUGGUUUCUUACGCUGUCAAGGUGAAGCUCUAUCUAGGUGCACUGAGCGGAGAGCUCUCCGCGGAGCUGCCGUUCAUUCUGAUGCGGCCGAAGCCGAUGGAUCGGAUCAAGGUGGUAAAUGAGGACAACUUGGAGGUGGAGAACACGACGGAGGAGAAGGUGAAGCCGAUCAGCAGCUAGACGGAAAGAUUGACACGUGAUUCAGGAGCCGUGGGUGCGCCAGCAGCUCUCAACAGAGAACCCUAACUUCGACUUGAUAUCGUUCGAGAUCAAAACAAACGUUUGAUUCUUUGUAUUAUGUCAUUUUAGCAAGGAUCAAACACUUAAAUAUUCUAUUUAGACGUUUCGAGAGAUUUCGAUUUGAUUAAAUUGUCAUUGAUGUCGGAACUAAUAAAUUACCUUGUAUAACUGAACUAGAAAUUAGAAGGACGAUGUACACAUAUUGGAGACUGGACGAGAUACUUUUCGAAAAUGACUCGAGGAUAAUAAUCAGAGUAAUGUUGAAAUCCUGGCAAAUGUUGAAGCGAAUGGCCACAGCAUAUGAGAAGUGGGUUAAUGAUUCUAGAAAUCCGAUUCUGUCGGCCAUCGCUGGAAGCUGCAUGAAAGUGAAUCGUAACGACGUAAUCGAAACACAUUUCUCGCGAAAUUGCAUGCAGAUCACCCGUGGCCGUCGUUUAUACAGUAGCGUCCUGUAAUUGUGAAAUUCCUUAGAAUAAAGACCACGUACAGUAAU